GGGCAGGACCAGCCCCACUCACAGCCGAUCCCCAGCCCCCGGCAGCCUCCUCACUGAGAAACCACUCCUGCCUCCCCCGGAGGAGUGCUCGGCGCGGAGCUCCCGGUGUCAGCCCUCCCACUGCCUGCCCAUGGCCGAGGAGAAGACGUUUCGCUACGGGUUCAUCAUGUUGGGCUUCUUCCUGGUGAUGACGGGGAUGUUCAUCAUGAGCGUGGAGAAGCCCCAGAUCUACGCCACCUUCUGUGCCGGGGGCAUCCUGCUCAUUGCCGUGGGCGUCACCUGGAGCAUGUGCCAGUGCUACCCCAGGGUGACAUUUGUCCCCGUGCAGCCCGAGGCUGAGAAGUUUCCAGACCACAAAGCCACGCUGCUGCUGAAGAAGGGCAGCCCGGGGACACUCAGCCUGCAGGAUCCCUACAGCAGUGACUACGAGAAGAGCCUGCCUUCCUACGAGCAGAUCCAGGCAUCAGCACAGCCCCGGCCCCACAGCUGCUCACAGGCACUGCUGAAGGCAAAGGCAGAGGUGCACCAGGAGUCGGGGGGGCCCCAAGAGCCCCCCCGGGAGGCAGCCCCGCAUCUGGAGCCUGGCAGCUGCCCCUCCCAGCCGCCCCCCGGCCCUGCACCACUGGUGUCCCUCCUGGAGGACAUGGACACGGCCUCGCUGGAGAGCUCUGUGCCCGGCAGCCCCUCAUCAUCCCAAAGCUGCUCGGGACGGGGAGAGCACGCCGGCUCCCCACGAAAAGCCAGCAGGAAGGUGAACGAUCUCUACUAUGGGCUGGGAGAGGGGUCAGACGCUCUGCUGGAGGACAGCGACCACCUUUUUGAGCCGGAAAAAUGAUGUCCCCAAGGGGACUGAUGCCGCAUGGAGGGGACACCCAAAGUGCAGCCCUGGCACCAUGGAAGCACUGGGGUGGGCACAGGGGAGCCCAAAUGCCAGCGGGAAGGAUGUGCUCAGGAAGAGGGAAGCAGCCGGGCCGUGCCGCUCGGUACGGGCGUGUAGGUAAGCAGCAGUGCUCCAAUCCCAUGGGUUGUGUGGGGAGGAGAUGUCGGCAGUUUUCCCAUUUAUCAAAGCCUCCCUGGAAUUAAAGGUGGAUUCUGAGACUCCCA